AUGAUCUUUCUGUUGCCUUCCGCCAUACUGUCAACACAACUGCAUCUGCCGCUGUUGUGCUUCUGCGAUUUUGCCUUCUCUUAUUCCUUCUUUUGCAUCAGAUUGAUUUCAUUGGUUGUCGACCUCUUGUGUGUCGUAGUCAUCCUCGUCCGCGGUAUAUCCCGGCUGUUCCUGACAGCCGGCGCUGUCGAAUUUGGAUACCACGAGGCCAACGACUUUGACAGCGCCCGUUCUGUAGUUAGAUCCAGCGUCGCGAUCAAUGGCAUUGGCUUGAAUUAUGAGCACGAGAAGGGCACUUGUGGAAAGAUGCUUCCUGGCUCUUCCCAUGUUUAUGACAGUGAUGCAGAAGAUUUGCAGAGCGACACCGGACCGCCUCCAAAAGCUUGGCAGACACCGUGCUUACACCGGCCAAAUGAUGUGCGACAUGCUGGUGUCCUUGCGCCAAGCAUAGCCUCAUGGCACCGGAGAGUCCACAGCGGAGAAACCCUCUCUCACCAUUAUCUCAGUUCUUCGUUGAAGGUCGCCAAAGACUGCUGCAUCUUCCAACCACCAAGGUUUUUGAUUAAAAACAGUACAUCGGAGGGCGAAGAAGUCAUGCGGGUGGGGUCUAGCACUGAGUGGGCUUCGAGCACUAGUUGGAGAACGAUCCGAAACUAUGUUAGCACGGUGACUCGUUCGCAGGACGCCGAUACUUCCCUACGUAGUUUAAAGUCGAAGAACACCUCGAAACUACGUCAGCAGCACAACUUCACUGCUGGCUUACAUGUUUACAGGACGAAGGCCACUUCGAAAUUACUCAAGGAGCCCAGAAGUUUACGUAGUUUGAGCCUAAAGAACGACUCGAGACCACGUAAGAUCGACGCUUCUUCUUACCACCUUACGUGGUCUGAGGUCGCAGGGUAA